AAACUCCCAAAAAACUCGUGAGUUCCCGGUCCAGGUUUAAUAGUCAGCUAAAGAGCUUUUUUUCGUUAGUUGGGUUUUGAGGUAACGCACGCAAUUGAGAUAGACGAGUGUGUGUGUGUGGAAAAGUAUUGGGUAGUUUUACUGCUGAUGCAAAUAGUUGGCGGCAGGUUACCGACAGAUAUAUACAGUCGCCGCGAAGAGACAGGAGUAUAAGGUCAUACAAAAAUGCAUUCGUCGAGCAUCAUCCGCAGCGCGCUGCGCAACCGCGCGUCGUCGCCGGUUAUCGCGCGGUAUGAGUCCCGAACGACCUUUCAACGGCUGCGAAGGACGACGACGACGACGUGCACGCGGGGAUUCUCGUACUCGGCCGUGAAGGCACACAGAGCGGCGAAGGGAGAUGGGGAAUCGCCGAAAAGCGCGAGCACGCUUCAGCGAAAAGAAUCUGAAAAGUUGGCGGGCGCGGUGAGUGCGUUGCAGGCGGGGCGGGGGAAGGAUGGGGGGAUUAUGAUUUCGGCUGAAGGUACGGAAGCUGUUGCGGAUGAAAAGGCAGAGAAAGCCAGUAAGACUACGAAAGCUGGCAAGACAACGAAAGCUGGCAAGACGAAAGCUAGCAAGAAAAAAGAUACCGAAGGGAGCACGGGUGAAGAGAAAGACAGCGAAGAAGUGAGCACCGAGAAGGACGGCGAAGAAGUGCGCACUAAAGGAUUUCGCAAACGAUCAACCAAGGAGAAAAAAGAAAAAGUCGUUUCGAUGCACCUGCCCGAGCUGGAAAUGUACGGUCUGUCGGGCGACGCAGAGAAAAUCUACAAGGUUCCCCGCAAACCCGCUGGUCCUGACGACUUUCCUCCCUUUGUCUCUGAAGACGAGAUACUGAAGAUUGACGGUCUGACGUUCAAGGGUAAAGACAUCGUCUACAUGAGCCAGAUCAUAGACCGGUGUUUGCUGGGGAAGGAUAAGGCUAUUCAUCAGAUUUUUCUGAACAAAAACGUGAUUUUGACUGAGGAUUUGGAAUCCGAGGCCGGCAAGCUAGACCGAUUUGAUGUCAUGUCAAGCCUCGGGAAAGGUAUGAAUUCUACUAAUAUCUUGCUCGACAAGAGCUGUAAUUGACCCCGGACGCUGACGAUAAUUUACACAACCAGAAGACCAACCGAAGGAGCCUAGCGAUAAACCGUACUGCAUCGACAAAGAGAUCAUGGAAAAUCUGCUUCGGCACGCGGCUGUUGGCCUCGCUCCGCAAGAGCGAAUGCGAAUAGACUUUUCUCCGCUCACGCGAAUGGACUUCUCCCGGCAGACGCCAGUUGAACUCCCUCGGCCGUUCAGAAUCGGCAAAGGAUCUACGGCAUGGACCAGCCAGUUUAUGAUGCUGCUGUCGGCCGCAGACGGCCAAUCGAUGCAGUACCUGGACUCAGUGGUCAGCUCGAUCGCCGCCGAGGUUGAUGCGGACGUGUUGCGGAUCGAGGACGCGGAUUUAGAGUAUCUCGUUGCGAAUGAUCUUGAAAAUAUCGGUAUGCAGGUCAAUUGAGAUAUCUGGGAGUGCUUAGUAGCUG